UACAAUGUGCAGUUGCUGUCGGCUUGGAGAAAGGGACAGUAGCUCUGGUUCACCUGUUUCACUCCCACGCAGUAGAACAUACUCUAAUCAUGCAGCACUGGAUGGUCUGUGUCUUAUUUUUAUUCUUUGUGUUCUGUGACGUCUCUACUCAAAGGAAAAAAAAGACAGUCCAAACUCUUUCAAGAGGCUGGGGCGAUGACAUCACCUGGGUUCAGACGUAUGAGGAGGGACUGAACAAAGCGGUCAAAGGUAAUAAGCCUCUGAUGGUCAUUCAUCAUUUGGAGGAUUGUCCGCACAGUAAAGCUCUGAAAAAGGCUUUUGCUGAACAUCCAACUAUUCAAAGGCUGGCCAAAUCUGAUUUCAUCAUGCUCAAUUUAGUGCACGAGACCACCGAUGAACACUUGGCCCCUGAUGGCUUUUAUGUCCCCAGGAUCAUGUUUGUUGAUCCCUCACUGACUGUGCGAGCUGACAUUGUUGGAAAGUAUGCCAACCGAAUGUACACGUAUGAGCCAGCCGACAUGGACUUCUUGGCAGAGAACAUGAUAAAAGCCAAGAUCCUGCUUAAGAGUGAACACGACAAACAUGUUGAUCUGUGAUGGAUAGAGAACAGCUUACCUCUUUCAAGACUUGCGCACUGGUUUCUUUGUGCAACUAGCAAUAUGAAACUUUGAAUAAAGUAUGUUAGUAUUAAUAA